CGAGAUCUGCCCACACCAUCGGCACUGGGUCCCAUCGCGCGACCCCGGUCGUACAGCACUUCAACAGCCAUGUCGGCGGCGUCGGAAAACCUACUGGCCUCGUACCUGGAGCGCAACGGCCAACUCAAACACAACCCGAACUCGUUGUUUGGCGGUAUGUCCAGCGGACACAACUCGCCGUUCGCGGCCGUACGCGAAUCGCACGACCCGUUUGGCCAUUCGCUGGGAGGCGUUGGAGGGGGUGGGCACGGGUUGGGCGGCACCCAGUACUCCAACUCCAUAGACGCGGUGUUGAACCAAACGCUCGACGAUCUCAAUCUCGAUGACAUACAUAUGGAGGCCAUGGAUAAGGACUUCGGGUCCGGACGGGAGGGUCGCGACCAUCAGCACAACGAUCUCGGCGGCGGACAUCCCGGCGAUAAUAGUAUCCGUAAUAGUCUGUUGGGGUCGACGCAACCCGUUAAUAUUCCCGGCGCCCGGUUAGGCAACGCCAACUCGUCGCUAUCGUCGCCGCCGGUGGGCGCCUCACCCCUGGGCUCAUCGCUAUCGUCGCGGGACGCGUUCGGUCUCAUGCAUCGGACCAACUCUGUUGGCCAGUCAUCGCUGUACGACUUCGGGGGCGGCGGCAACGGUGCCGGUAAUAUGUCGCCCGUGGGGGGCGGUAACGGUGGCAACGGGGCUAACCAGUCGACGAUUGUGGCCUCCAUGAUGGAAGUGCAGCGGCUGCGCGAGGAGAACACCCUGCACAAGGCCACCCUGGCCAAUUACGAAGAGAAAUUGGCGCAGGCUAUGAAUUUAUGGAAACGCGAAGUCGAAGAAGUGACCCGAAAGGAGAAGUUAGCCGAAUCGCAAAGGGAUGAGGCGUUGACUCGACUGUCGUGCAUCCAGAAGGAGCUCGAGCUGCUGAAGUGUUCGGAGUCUGCAUUCCAGGCCAAACGAUUGGGCGAUCUCUCGUCGAUGACCGCCACACAACUGAUCCAAUUGCAGAACCAGACCCGCAAUGAGCUCAAGUGUAUCGAAGAGUUAGGACGGGUGGACACAGACUAG